CGCCAUUGGAACGCUUCGAACACAUCACAUUUGCAAAACCGACGCAAGGAGCGGCGUCCGUGGGUCUUCAAUUAAGUCAAUCAACGCGCGGCGACACAGUUCUUGAAGCGUGAGAGCGUGCGUCCGCCAAUAAACGACUCAGCUGUGACACUGCUAUCAAUGGCAAAGUCGAGCACGCCGCCCGCAUCCGUCCUGCGCGCCCGCCAGAGGGCCUUGACGGCAUGGUCUUAACAUGCCAUCGACGCGAAACCGCCAUUGACGCGCGCGCCGCUACGCACGAGCUCGCGAGCGACACCGCUCGUCUCGCAGGCUCCGUAAAAAUGGCUACCUACGCAACGCUCCCUGAAACCACCGCGGCCGAGGACCAGCAGCCUCGCCGCUUCAAGGUCCUCGUCGGUGGCGCCGCCAUCGCUGCAUUCGUGCUCGGCGCUCUCGCCGCGACGGCUACGUCGGUGGCCGCGCCGCCGAGCGCGACGAACCUCCGAUCGUCGGCCAUUGACCAGAUCCGCCUGAAAGAGGACCCGAACUGGUGCCUCGCGGUCGAGAACCACCGCACUGUUUCUCAGUACUCGCGCCUCGAGAUCUACGAGUGUAAGCCGAAACGCGAUGCGGCCCAGUACGGCCAAAGCUUCAAGCCUUUCACGAACUCCGACGGCAAGAUGCAGAUCCGCUACGUGGGCGCACAGAUUGACAACUCUGUACUGUGUGUCUCGGCUCCCAUGAAGGGGUACGAGUACCAGAAAAAAGAUUCUUUCUAUCUCGACGACUGCGGUUCUCCGGCCGCCGGGACGGCUGCCGGUGAGCAGUUUUCGUACUACCACUCGAACGGCGGCAUUGGUACGUUUAAGCUGAACAGCCGCGCCCUCGAGUCCCAGGACAUCUGUAUGAAGGUCAAGGACGGGAAGCUUAAGGAUCGCCAGGCCAUCGUGGGCGCGAAGUGCACGGGCAACGGCGGCGUCUUCGACACGGCUCAGCUCUGGACGAUCGGCGGCUCGGCGCCUCGCCCGCCGACCCCGGCGCCGCGCCCCGGCGGCCAGAAGUGCGGCGACAUUUGUUUCCGCGACAGCGACUGCCUCACGUCCGGUGGCUUCGGUUGCACGCGUUGCUCGUCCUACGACGUGGGCGCCCACGGAACGUGCUACUAAGGACGCCCCCGC